AAAAGAACUCACUGAUCUGUUCUUGUUUCUAUAUCUCUCUAAUGGAUUCGUUGAGAUUAAUAUCUAAGAGCAUCAAGAUUGAAGGAAACCCAUUUGGUUUCUCUCACCAACGCAAUCAAAUUUUCCUCAAAUCCGUCGCUUUCUUCCUUUUGAUCGGUCUCGCUUACCGUUUUAUCAUCACUGAUUCCACCGUCUCUCCUGUUACCAACGUUCAAACCUUGCCGCCUGCGGAUCCUUCUGGUCUCACUUCCAUUGCUCAAGCUCAAGCCUCCGUUGAUUCCCCAGUAAACAUCACAACCAUUAUUCCUUCCCAAAAUGUUUCAACGAAGUGUGAUAUCUUUAUUGGGAAUUGGGUACCAGACCCAUCAGGUCCAGCCUACACCAAUGUCUCUUGCCGUCAUAUCCAAGAUUACCAAAAUUGCUUGAAAAACGGACGGCCAGAUGUGAAUUACCUUCAAUGGAGAUGGCAACCUCGCGAUUGCGAUCUCCCGAGGUUUGAUCCUGAGCAAUUUAUUGACAAUAUGAGGAACAAAUGGUUGGCUUUUAUCGGUGAUUCCAUCUCUCGUAACCAUGUCCAAUCCCUCAUCUGCAUCCUCUCUCAGGUAGAAGAAGUAGAAGAUAUCUACCAUGACAAGGAAUACAAAUCCAAGAUUUGGAGAUUCCCUUCUUACAACUUCACACUCUCUGUCAUUUGGUCUCCUUUCCUUCUACAAACUGAAACCUUUGAGAACAACGUCAAUGGAGUUGACAUUCAACUACACCUCGACAAGUUAGACCAAAAGUGGACAGAUCAGUACAUCAAUUUCGACUACGUCGUCAUCUCCGGUGGAAAAUGGUUCCUCAAAACAACAAUCUUUCAUGAAAACAACACCGUAACCGGAUGCCAUUACUGCCAAGGGAAGAACAAUAUGACCGAACUCGGUUAUCUCUACUCGUACCGAAAGGCUCUUCGUUUGGUUUUAGACUUUGUCGCUGAACCAAACCAUAAAGCUCAUGUUCUGUUCAGAACAACAACACCUGAUCAUUUCGAGAAUGGAGAGUGGGACUCUGGUGGUUUCUGUAACCGAACAAUGCCGUUUACGGAAAGCAACGAAGGAGAGAUGAAGAGCGAGGAUGUAUCGAUGCGUGAUAUCGAGCUUGAAGAGUUCUAUAAGACUACUAAACAAGAAGGUUCCAAUUCAAACAUUGGAUUACUUGACACAACUUCAAUGUCGCUUCUCCGACCAGAUGGACAUCCCGGACCAUACCGGUAUCCGAAUCCUUUCGCUGGGGUGAAGAACAAGGAGCUGAAUCAGGUUCAGAACGAUUGUCUUCACUGGUGCUUACCCGGUCCGAUUGAUUCAUGGAAUGAUCUAAUGGUGGAGGUGAUGCUUAACCGGGAACGGCAAAGACGAGAAUAGCCUUGAAUUCACGUGCUAUUAGAAGUGCAGAGAUUGUUUUCAAGCCAACAAGUUAUGGAUAAUGCUGUUCUAAUGCUGCUAGAUCUCUAAAAUGUGUUCUACGUUAAGUGCAUAAUGUUAUGGCUUAUUAAAAGCAGGGAGCAAUG